CGGCUCGCCGUGCCAGCGCCUCGGGGCCGGUCGCCGCGCUGGCGCGGCACCUCCCGCUCACAAGCGGCGCGGGGCGCGUUCCCGCAGGCCUCGGGGCGGGCCCUGCGGGCCGGGCACCGCCCAGCCCGUUGCCGGGCAACCGUCACCACCUUCCCGAGAUGCCCCGGUGACCGUCCCCGCUAGGCUCCCGACCGGAAGUGCCUGCCGCCAUCUUGUGCCUCGGCGGCGCGGGGUGGGCAGGCCGCCAUGGAGGCAGACGAUACAGGAAAUCGACUGCGGUUCCAGCUGGAGUUGGAAUUUGUUCAAUGUCUGGCAAAUCCCAAUUAUCUUAACUUUCUUGCACAAAGGGGCUACUUCAAAGACAAAGCUUUUGUAAAUUAUCUUAAAUAUUUACUAUACUGGAAAGAACCUGAAUAUGCAAAAUAUCUGAAGUAUCCUCAGUGUUUGCAUAUGUUAGAGCUGCUCCAAUAUGAACACUUUCGCAAAGAACUGGUAAAUGCUCAGUGUGCUAAGUUUAUAGAUGAGCAACAGAUUCUUCACUGGCAACACUAUUCACGGAAGAGAAUGCGCCUCCAGCAGGCAUUGGCAGAGCAGCAGCAACAAAACAAUACCUCUGUAAAAUGAAAAAUGCUUGGAAGAGUGAUGAUAAGGUGUACUUCACGUAUUUACAGGAGAGGAAUUAACUGUUUUGUAGGUUUGGCUGUGUGUGUAUUUGUCAAAUGACUUAUUUUUGUCGUUCACCCACUGUACUGACCUUUUAAAGAUAGAAGACUGACA